AUGGACACAGUAUGGUGGCUCCUCGAAGAGUCCACCCCAUACGGGGUGCUCUUCAUGAACAACGUCAUAUUCAUACUGUUGCGUAAGUUGUGUUUUCUGGUUGUGAAAGAGAGGUUCGCCAAAACUCGUAUUGUUCUGGCAGAAUUCCUCGCUACCUGGGAACUUUGUGCCGACGUGGCGGAGCUCGGUAUCGUCUACGAGCGGCACGGGAUCAUAGCAUAUACAAUAUUCCUUCUAUAUUGGUGCUUGUGGUGGGGAAAACAUUUCGGAGAUGCUGAAGCGUGUCCGAACGGUCCAGUGGAAGACGUCUUGUUCGGUUACGGUGCGGGCGACUACAAACAGCGCCUCCUAGGACAGACUCUCGGCGCGGCCAUCACUGGCACCUACAUCCAGCAGAUCUGGUCUCUGCAUCUCAUCGAUCAACACAAAGUAAUGAACACAGAAGAAUGCCAGAGUUCCCUUAUGACGACGGCUUCGUGGGGUUUCAUGGUCGAAGCCUUCAUCUCAUGCGUUUCGCGGUUUUUCGCUCUAAGAUCUCAAUACUGGUCGGAGAAGACGAGCCUGUGGAUAAAUUCGGUAGUGACCGUCAUUCUUUGCCUCGUCGCGCUUAACUCUACUGGCGGCUAUUUCAACGGUAUGAUGGCUUCUGCCUUGAUGCUCGGAUGCGGACCGCACGGAUACUUCGAGCACUUCGCUGUUUACUGGGGCGGUAAUAUAUUCGGCGGUUUCCUCGCCAGAUAUUUCAAUCGCAAGCUGGACUGCUUCAUUGAUCGGAUCUGCACUCCCGAAACGAUAUUGAACAGUGACGAGAAGGAAAAAAUGCAGUGAUUCCCCUUAUGCCAAGCGAGCAUGCCAAAAUGUGAUGUAUACACCUCCUCUUUGUUGACUUUGCCAGACUUUCUGAGGCAAUAAAUUUUGCACUCCUUGUGCGUUGUUAUAAGCUUACUAAAA